AUGUACAGUACACCAUCCCUCACCGGUACACCAAGACCGGCCGAUACACCAAGACCAGCUGGUACACCGAACAAGGGCAGUACACCUCACAAACAAACAACCUUUUGUUCCAGAAUAAUCAAGUUCAAAGCAAAGGACGAAGUUCUUCUAAACGUUGACGGUUUGAUGUAUGAUCUUGAUUAUGAUUUUGGACGAGAUGGUGUACGUGAUUUAGAGGUUAUAGGAGAUCUAGAAACUACAGGAAUGCUUCCAAGAUUUAAAUAUGACAUAGAUAUUCCUCAACGUCAAGCUGGAGAGGACGAUACUUUAUCUAGACUUGAACCUCAGUAUAAUCCAGUGGCAAGCGACGACAUUCAGGUGAAUGGGAACGGUGAUGUUGAGAUAUCCCUGUCUGAAGGGGAUAUAAGAGAACAUAAAUACAGGAUAUCCAAGGGCCCUGGAGGAGAGGUGGAUAUCGAUAUUCUUCUAGGAAACGAACAGAACAGAGCCGUUGUAGUGGAGAACAAGGAAUACAAUUAUACUCUCAUCAUUACUGGAGAGCACAUUCAGAUCAUUCAUCAUGAUAGUCAGAGAAACCUCACUUUCAACCACGGAAUACAGGAGUCUGCCAUUACUGGAGUCGGAGUGAGCGGAACUUUGACAGGAACUCAACUAGUGUUUAAAGAUCAAGGAAGUGGAAAAGCCUUUCCUAGAGUUGACAGUAUUCCGUCAGCUGUGAGUGUGUACGGUACACUGUGUUCUACUCCGUGUACUGCAGCUAGUGAUGGAACCUACUGGUGUACUACAGGAGGAGGACCUUCUGAGAAGUGUGGACCACUCCCUGGCACAACACCUUACGGAGAAAAAUGUCAAGAUAAGUGCAGGAAAAGAGGAGACGAAUAUUACUGGUGUCAACGAGAUUCUAAACCCUGGGACUACUGUUCACCUUCUUUAUUUUACCAGGAUGAACUGAUUUGUCAUCCUGAUACAGAGAAGAUAUUUACCCCUGAUACUACAGACUGUACCAGGAAUAAAACUUGUGAAUGGCCUGAAAGCCAGGAAUGCUUGAAAGACUCAAGAAGGAUAUCGUACAAGCUAACACUUACUAAUCCACUAACAAACAACCAAACAACAACAACAACAACAACAAUAACAACAACAACAACAACAACCGUAAAAACAAAAACAACAACAACAACAACAGCACUUAGAGCUACAAUAGGGGACGAUCAAGCAACAAAAAAAGGAGAAGCAACUUUUAAAGCAGAAGAAGAAACCUUUACUUCCAGUUCAAUAAUUGUAAUAAAAACCACUCCUGUUACACAUUAUGUUACAAGCUCUCCAACAGCCCUUGACAGGGUUUCCUUUGACUUCUUGGAAGACAACGAUACCUUGGAAAGUAAUGAUCUUGAAACAGCUGAUACAGUUUUAAAAUUCUCCCCUGGUUCAACUAGUGGUUCAGCUGAAUCAGUGGGUUUCUCCGCAGAAUCUUCGAAUUUCUACUCAGGCUUAGUGGAUUUUUCCACGGAAUCAGCUGAUAACUCUACAGAAUCAGCUGAUCCAACUUUUUUAUCUGAUUUCUCUGCACAAUCAGCUAAUCCCACUUUAACAGCUGAUUUACCCAUUUUGUCAGCUGAUUUCUCUGCAGAAGCAGCUUAUAAUUCCUCAAAUGAAUUAGACAAGUUCUCAACAGGUUUGACUGAUCUCUACACCGGGGUAUCUAGAAGAUCAGAUACUGGUCCUAAGAUCUCUGAGAAAGAAGAGUCACCUGAAGAUAUAAUCAAUAUGAUCGUUGUAGUUGAUCUUGAAAAUAUGGAUACCGCAUCAAAUAUUCCAGAUAUUGACGAGCAAUAUCCAACGAAUGCUACUUUGAACAACAAGACUUCCGCUGAAAAUAGAUUUCCAGAAAAUGAUGAGGAAAAAAUUAUUCUAAAAACUUCACAAGUGGGAAGAACGAGAUUUGAUGAAAACCAAUCUGUGCAUAUAAUGACUCAACACAACGGGUUUCUCAUUCCUAAGCUUGUGAACAUCAUUCCAACCAACUCUGCUGCAAAUUCUACAAGAACAGUUACACCUAAAGAAACCAUCAGCAUCAGCUAUAUUGAAGCUACUCACAACAAUAUUAACGCUGCUUCUGCAAAAGAAUCUAAUGAAGCUACUCACAACAAUAUCAAUGCUGCUUCUACUAAAGAACCUAAUGUAGCUACUAACAACAAUAUCAAUGCUGCCUCUACUAAAGAACCUAAUGUAGCUACUAACAACAAUAUCAAUGCUGCCUCUACUAAAGAAUCUAAUGAAACUACUAACAAAACUAUGGAUGCUUCUCUUAACAAUGAAAAUAACAAAAACACUGCUAAAAUCAAUGCUACUGUUAAGGAUGAAACUAACAAAAUAAAUGAAGAUUUUAAAACUAAUCCGAAGGAAGCUACUAAAGAAGCUUCCAUCAACAAUGCUACAAACAGCGAAUCUAGCGUUGCAUCUAUUGAUACUGAUGAUAAAACUAACAAAAACUUUACUAACUUUAUAUCUAUUAAUUCCCUGAACAAUAAGUUUAAACCCUUGGAGAGUUUUGAUGAGAACUCUGGUUUAAUCUCUAGUUCCAGAUCUAAGUUUAAUAUAUCUCAACACUCUAGUGGAGAACCCAGGACUUUGUGGACGGAUGGAGACACUUCAAACUCAAUACAGGAUAUUUCAGAUAUACCUGGAAAAUCAUCAACUACAACAGCAUCAACAACUGCAACAUCGACUUCAACAGCAACAGCUUCUCCAAUAACAACAUCAACAUCUUUGCCAACCACUUCGUUUUCUUCAACUAGAACGUCUCCCGUUGUAAUCAUAACAACAACAACAACAACAACAACAACAACAACAACAACAACAACAACAGCUAAUCAGUCGGGGCCUUCAGUUUCCUCUGGGCAAGAACUUAAUCCAGUAGAAACAAAGAGAUUUACAGGUUUAACCUCACACGGAGAACUUUGUUUGGACGAGUGUGCGCAGCGGGGUUAUCAAUACUUCUGGUGCAAGAAGAAAUCUAGCAAGGGAAACAAACAAUAUACAGAGUGA